AAAAGAGAAGAGAGAAGAAAGAAGGUGCAUGGGCGAAGAGAGGAGAAGAAGAAGGAAUUCUUCUUCAGAUGGAGAUGGAGGAGAGAUUUCAGAGAGGAAGCCAGGAGGAUGGAGAGCCAUUGCAUAUAUUUUGGGGAAUGAAUCAUUUGAGAAGCUAGCAUCUAUGAGCUUGAUUGCCAACAUAACAUUCUACCUUAGAUCAAAAUACAAUAUGGAUGGAAUUGAGCUGGUUAAUGUUGUCAGCAUUUGGUCUGGUUCAUCAAAUUUCACCACUUUGGCUGGUGCUUUCAUCUCAGAUGCUUAUCUGGGAAGAUUUCUAACCCUCCUAUUUGGUUCAAUCGCCUCCAUGUUGGGAAUGGGAGUGAUGACAUUAACAGCAGGCAUACCUCGUCUUAGACCUCCACCUUGCAUUGACGUCUUAAAUUGUCCGACGGCUCAACCAUGGCAGCUUGGAUUCCUCUUCUCUGCUUUGGCCCUGCUAGCAAUUGGCUCGGGAGGCAUUAGACCUUGUAAUAUCGCCUUUGGUGCAGAUCAGUUCGAUACAAACACGGCCAAAGGAAGGUCUCAACUCAAGAGCUUCUUCAACUGGUGGUAUUUCUCCUUCACAGUAGCCCUCCUUAUAGCACUCUCCAUUGUUGUCUACAUCCAAACAAACGUCAGCUGGCUUCUUGGAUUCGCAAUCCCAACCGGUUGCUUCUUCGUUUCGAUAAUCAUCUUCUUGCUUGGCAGAAAUGUUUAUGUCUAUAGGGAGCCUCAAGGAAGUGUGUUUCUGGAUAUUGUUAAGGUCAUCAAUGCAGCCUUCAGGAAGAGGAAGAUAGACUUAGGGCUAUUGCCUGAUCUCUAUGAUCCAGAGCUUAUGGAGUCAGAAAGAAGAUAUAAUGACAUUCCGAGAACCUCUAGGUUUAAAUUCAUCGAGAAAGCAGCCAUUAUUGUUGAUAGAAGUGAGAUUGAUGAGUUUGGCAUUUCAACAAACAGUUGGCGGCUAUGCAGUAUCCAGCAAGUUGAGAGACUGAAAUGCUUGGUGGGAAUAAUCCCCGUGUGGUUCACCGGAAUCGCCUGUUUCAUAUCCAUGGAUCAAAUGAACAUACUAGGAGUAUUGCAGGCAAUUCAAACAACCACAAAAAUCAAGCAGUUUCAAAUCCCACCUUCAUGGAUCGGGCUAACUUCCAUGAUCGCUCUUGCUCUUUGGGUGUUCAUCUACGAAUGCGUAAUAGUGCCGGUUCUCAAAAAAACAACGAAUAAAGAUGACGUGAGACUAACUACAAAAACGAAGAUCCAAGUAGGCAUCGUGAUGUCAAUCCUGUGCAUGUUAGUCGCCGGAAUCCUGGAACGGAUACGUCGGCAAUCGGCCAUUGACAAUGGUACCUUCGCAUCACCAAUUAGCGUAGCCAUCCUGUUGCCGCAAUUCAUCCUGUCAGGUCUGACAGAAGCAUUUGCAGCCGUUGCUAUAAUGGAAUUCCUCAAUAACCAAUUCCCGGAGAGCAUGAGAAGCGUGGGUGGAUCUCUAUUCUUCCUUAGCCUUUCAGCCUCCAGUUAUUUAAACUCGAUUCUUGUAAACGUGGUUUACACAAUAACGAAAAGAAACGGGAAAUCACCAUGGCUGGGUGGUCGCGACCUCAAUGCUGACAGACUUGAAUACUUCUACUUCAUGAUCGCCGCCAUAGGAGUCGCAAACUUGUUUUACUUCAAUUUCUUCUCAUGCCAUUACAUUUUCUCCGAUUUGGUUAGAACAGAUGAAUCGGAGGAGGAAUUAGACAACAUUUCUUCUUCAGAUAGGAGAACGAACAACAGUUAA